GGUGGAAACACGAGGCUAUUGUGGUUUGCCCUCGUGAGUUUCGACAAAGCGCCCAACCCACCUCAUCCCGCCGUCCGAAGCCGAACCAGUCUCUGUGCGAGCCAUGGCGGAGACGAAGAGAAAAGCUAGAGACGAGCCCAAGCACAUGGCGAAGAAAUCGAAGAAGCAGCAGAAAAAGCAUUCGGAUUCUAAAACCCCUGCUAAGAAGGACAAGAAAAGCGAUGCUAGGAAGAGGACUGGUCCUCGGUUGCCUAAUUCCCUUCGAAAAGUGAUCGACAGCUUGAACCGUAAUAGCACUUCGAACAGCGAGGACGACGAAGAGAUUGAGUCCGAUGAUGGAGAGUUGUACGCCGAGGAUUUGUACGAGUACCAGGAGGAGGUCCAAGAGGAGUCCAAGAAGAACCGGCGGUUCGACCCGGUCGAGAACUUUGAGUAUGAGCUUCCCCAGAAUUUCAAGGAUGAGCAUGUGCUAUCAGAUGAUGAGGAUGAGGAUGAGGAUGAGGAUGAUGAGGACAAUGGAGGAAGUAAGACUGUAGAUGCCAAUGGUGAUGAGAUUGAAGAGGAGGAUGAUGGAAGACACGUGAGAAUGUUGCAAGGAAUCACUGGAAUGCCAAGUGAGGCUUUUGAAGGGAAGAAGAAGAAAAAUAAUGUUGUCAUAUCUGAAGUAUAUCCAGAGUCAGAGUAUAAUCCUAGUCGUGAAAUUUUGGAUGGUGAUGGCCGCAUUAGCAUGGAAGACCUUCUUGGCCCUCUUCAGGAUAAACCUGGUUUUGGAAAACUUAGAAAGAGAAUGGAUCAGAUGAAGAAAUCUGAGGUUAUUGAAGCUCCGCUUCCACAAGCGAUUCGGGAGAAGGUGGAGAGGGGGACAGCAUAUAAAUUAUCGAAGACUGACAUUACCAAGUGGGAGCCCAUAGUCAAGAAGAACAGGGAGGCACCUACCAUAUAUUUUGAUGAAAAUACAGACCUUGGGUUUUCAACUGUGGGAGCAAUAGCCUCCGAAUUUGAACCAAGAACUGAAUUUGAGAAGCAAAUGGCAUCAUUAGUCUAUGAUGACAAUGUUAUGGAAGCACACCAAAAAGAUGGCUCCAGGCUUCUUGAGUUAAACAAGGUCUCUGUAGAAGAUGAAAAGGAGCGCCAGAAUCGUAUUGCUAAAAUGCGCAGCCUUCUUUUCUGUCACGAAAUGAAGGCAAAACACAUUAAAAAGAUCAAAUCGAAAACUUACCAUCGUUUGUUGAAGAAGAAUAGACUGAAGACAUCAGCCAUGGAGAUUGAAAUGGAUCCAGAAGCUGCCAAAGAGCAGGCAUUGAAGCAAGAGUUCAAACGGGCUGAGGAACGAAUGACACUUAAACACAAAAAUACCUCUAAAUGGGCAACACGUAUUCUACGUCGUGGUUUGCAAGUUCAAGAUGAAGGCACUCGAGCUGCUAUAUCUGAACAGCUUCACCAGCAUGCUCUUUUGUCCAGAAAAAUGAACUCUAUGAAAGACAAUAGCAGCAGCAGCGGCAGUGAUGACAGUAGUGAUGAUGAUAAUGUUCAUAAAAAUCCAGCUGUUUCAGACCAGGGCAGGGCAUCCAAGUUGCUAGAAAAAGCAAAAGAGAAGACCCUCAAAAUAUUGGAAGUAGAGGAUGAAGUGCCUAAAUCAGGAUUGCUUUCUUUACCUUUCAUGGAACGUGGUCUGAAGAAAAGAAAGGAGGCAGCUGAUGAAGAAGCUAAACUUGCUCUUCAAGAGUAUGAAUCAUCUUUGAAGCAGAUGGAGGAUUCAAGUGGGGUAGAAAAUCCAAAAGCAAGCACUUCGAGUGGAAGAAGGGUAUUUGGUGCAGCAGCUAAAACACAUGCUCCAGAAUCAAGAAAUAUGGUUAAAUCAGAUACCUUUUAUGCUAAUAGUGAUAGCGAAGAUGACAUGGAGGCCAAAGAGAAUACUGCUGAUGUUGGGAACAACAAAAGCAAUGAUUCUCAGAAGGAUGUUCACCUGGAUUCUGUUUUACCACAUGAAAAUACUGAAAUUGUUCAAGAUUCUGUUUUUAAGAGCUUUGAUGAUAUUGUUAGAGACCCAGGCCCCAAGACAACAUAUGAAGUUGCUAUUUUUGCAUCAGACAGAUGGAGAAAGAUGGAGAGCAGAGAUAAAAUGGAUGCCAAAAGCAAAAGGUCCUUGAAAUCUGUUGGACCAGAACAUAAUCAAGACUCAGAGGAACCUGUGAAGGAAGUGGGUGACCAUAGUGAUUCAGAGAGUGAAGGACAGAUGGUGGAUGGGGUUCUUGCUUUGGGUCCAAAACCAUCUUAUGAACUCCCUUCUCAAGCAGAGCUUAUUCGCCAAGCUUUUGCUGGGGAUGACGUGGAGGAAGAUUUCGAGAAUGCUAAACAGGAGGUUCUGAACAAGGAAGAUCCUGAACCUGAAAAGCCCGUUUUACUUCCUGGCUGGGGCCAAUGGACUCAUGUACAGAAAAAGAAAGGCUUACCUUCUUGGAUGCUAGAAGACCAUGAAAAUGCCCAGAGGAAGAGAGAAGAAGCUCUUAAGAAGAGGAAGGAUGCACGUCUCAAACAUGUUAUUAUCUCCGAGAAGUUAGAUGUAAAGGCUCAGAAACUCCUUACAAAAACAUUGCCCUAUCCUUUCACGUCCAAAGAAGUUUUUGAGCAGAGCAUCCGCAUGCCCAUUGGACCUGAAUUCAACCCAGCAACAACCGUAGGAGCUCUUAAUCGGCCUGAAGUGGUGAAGAAACCCGGGGUGAUUAUAAGACCAAUUGAGUUCAAGGAAGUGAAUCCUCAUGAAAAUACAGAGGGGCACAAAUUGAGUGGACAGAAACAGAAGAUGAAGAAGAGUAAAAGCAAUGGUACCAAAAUGACAAAAAAGGCGAAGAUGGCCGGGGGCAAAACCAUGAAAGUCAAAUGAGAAUGCGGAAAUUAUCUUUUUGUAAUUCCUUUCUUCCUAAUAUCUAAAAGGCAUUUCCCAGUUUUUCAUGUUUGGGAAGAUAAACAGAGUAAUACAACAAAGUGAAAGGAAGAAACUUAGCUAUAUAGAAUUGGAUAGAUGUAUUUUUGAAAGGUUUUGUUGAGUAUGAGCUAUUUAUUUUAUUUCAA